AUGGCGUCGGCGUCGACGUCUCCGCGCGCCGCAGCACCUCAGCUCCUCCUCGUGCUCUCCCUGCUGCUGGCUGCUGCUGCUAGUGCCUCGUCCCUGCUUCCCCCGAACAAUGCACACCCGCCGAGGCCUUCGUCGCCGGCGCCGGCGCCCCCGGCGGCGAAGGCAAGGGUGGAGGGCGGCGGCGUCUCGGCGGGGCUGAUCUCCACGCUGCGCGAGACGCUGGACGCGAUCAGGGGCGUGGUGUCCAUCAUCUCGUCGUUUCCCAUCGGCGGCGGCAUCCUCGGCGGCGACCUCCGCCUGACCUCCGCCGUCGCCGACUGCCUCGACCUCCUCGACCUCUCCUCCGACGAGCUGUCGUGGUCCAUGUCCACCACUUCGGACGACGAAUACAGCCCCGCCGAGGCGGGGGCGGGGGCGGGCGGCCGCCUCGUCGGCACCGGCGACGCGCGGUGCGACCUGCGGUCCUGGCUGAGCGGCGCGCUCGGGAACCAGGACACCUGCAAGGAAGGCCUGGACCAGACCGGCUCCCCGCUGGCCUCGCUCGUCGCCACGGGGCUCGACGCCGUCACCUCGCUCCUCGCCGACGGCCUCGGCCAGGUCGCCGCCGCCGCGGCCGACGAAGCCGCCUCCGCGAACGCCGCGGCGUCCUCCUCCUCCCUCCGCGGCGCCGGCCUCGGCGCCGCCGCCCCGCCGCGGUGGGUGCGCGCGAGUGAUCGGCGACUGCUGCAGAUGCCCGUGGGGCCCGGGGGCCUGCCGGUGGACGCCGUGGUGGCGCAGGACGGGAGCGGCAACUUCACGACGGUGAGCGCGGCCGUGGAGGCGGCGCCAUCGCAGAGCGCUGCGCGGCACGUGAUCUACGUGAAGAAAGGCGUGUACAGGGAGACGGUGGAGGUGAAGAAGAAGAAGUGGAACCUGAUGCUGGUCGGCGACGGCAUGGGCGUCACGGUCAUCUCCGGGCACCGCAGCUACGUCGACGGCUACACCACCUACCGCAGCGCCACCGUCGUGCAGCUGUGCCUGCCAACCACCACCAAUCUGACGCAAUUUCGAUCGGUUUUUGCUCCCACACCUGCAGCUGUAAGCGGCAAGGGCUUCAUCGCGCGCGACCUGACGUUCGAGAACACGGCGGGGCCAUCGAAGCACCAGGCCGUGGCGCUGCGGUGCGACUCGGACCUCUCCGUCUUCCACCGCUGCGCGUUCGAGGGCUACCAGGACACGCUGUACGCGCACUCGCUCCGACACUUCUACCGCGACUGCCGCGUCACGGGCACCGUCGACUUCGUCUUCGGCAACGCCGCCGCCGUGUUCCAGAACUGCUCCCUCCUCGCGCGCCGCCCGCUGCCCGACCAGAAGAACUCCGUCACCGCGCAGGGGCGACUCGACGCCAACAUGACCACGGGAUUCGCCUUCCAGUUCUGCAACGUCUCCGCCCACGCCGACCUCCUCGACGGGACGACCAACGCCACCGCCGCCGCGGCGCCGCCCACGCAGACGUACCUCGGCCGGCCGUGGAAGCAGUACUCGCGGGUGGUGUUCAUGCAGUCGUACAUCGGCGACCUGGUGCGCCCCGAGGGGUGGCUCGCGUGGGACGGGGACUUCGCGCUCGACACGCUCUACUACGGGGAGUACUUCAACACCGGCCCCGGCGCCGGCGUCGCGGCGCGGGUCAAGUGGCCCGGGUUCCACGUCAUGACCAGCCCCGCCGAGGCCGGCAACUUCACCGUCGCGCGGUUCAUCGAGGGCAACAUGUGGUUGCCGCCCACCGGCGUCAAGUACACCGCCGGCCUCACGUCCUGA